AUGCGGCGCUUCCUGGAAUGGGCCCGAAAGGCUCAUUUCAGAAGGCUUUUCGCCCGCACCCCCCGGGUCGCUCCAGCCCCCGAGGACGCGGAGUUCAACGAGGAAGUGAUGAGCACCUCCCAGGUCGCUCCAGUCCCCGAGGACAAAGAAUUCAAGGAGGAAGUGAUGAACACCUCCCGGGUCGCUCCAGCCCCCGAGGACACAGAGUUCAAGGAGGAAGUGAUGAGCACCUCCCGGGUCGCUCCAACCCCCGAGGACACAGAGUUCAAGGAGGAAGUGAUGAGCAACGGUAAGGAGCCUGCUGUGAACACGCUAUAUGAGCUUCUCUUUGCUGUGGAGUACUCGGUGGAUGUGGCUCAACUCCUCCCCCAGCUCUUUCUGGCCUUCAUCAUCCAGAUCCAGUAUGUGCUGGAGCUGGGCCUGGUGGGGGAACGAGUGCUCUUGGCCGUGGAGCCCACCGUCCCCUCUGCCCUCAGCCCCUGGAGGACGGCCCUGGAGGCCCUGAGGGGGCUUCUGUUCACCAGAGGAUGUUGGCAGAUCUUCAUAGCCAUGGAGUUGCAGGAUGGCUGGCACCUCUUCUCAUCCCUCAACACCUUCCAGGAGGCCGUGGCCCUUCUGGCCAGGGGUGUGAUCCUGGUCCAGAGCAGGUGCCGGAUGGUGGCCGAACUCCUGCAAAUGGUGGCCAGCUCUUUGCAGGAGAAAGACCCGCAGGGCCGGAGUGUGGCCAUGGGGCUGCUGUCCGAGUUGAUCUGGACCCCCGGCAUGAAGACUGUCCUGGAUCCCAAGGUCGUGCGGUUCAUCUUCCGGGACGGCCUAAAGGACCCCGACCCCGUGGUGCGAGUCAUCAGCCUGCAGGCCCUCACCAGCCUGCCCCUCAACCACGACAAGGUCAGGGUGCUCCUUGCUCAGCUCCCCUUCCUCCUGGAGGGCAUCACCCAGAACAACCAGGAGGGGCUCCUAGUGGCCAUGGACGCGGCGACUCUCAGCGCCCGCAGCCUGGGCAGUCGGGGACUCGGCCACCUGUUUAAGGAUAUCGUCCUCAUGCUGAACCCGUUCUUUGACGACGAGAGACCCCAAGUGCGGGUGGCAGCCCUGGAGCUGCUGGAAGCCGUGGCCAGCAGCUGUGUGACGGUUCCAAAAUCCCGUCUCGGUCAGAAGCUGAUCUGCUGCCUCCUCCCCGUCCUCUUCCACCUGAAGGACGAGCACCCGACAGUGGCCAAAAAAGCCAGAUGUACAUUCUUCUGGCUGGCCCAGAAUAUCGGCUGGAGGGACUCCAGAGUCGUUGGAUGGAAGUUGAGGUGGGAAGAGAGGGAGAGCAGGGCCUAUGGUACCAUCUGGACGGCUUUGAUGAAGAGCUUUGGGGACUUCCAUCCCAUUUUCUUGUCCCAAGCUCUGGCCUAUACCAACUGCAUCCAACCAGAUGUGAAAUUUGCGGCCGUUGUCUUCCUCGUACACACCAUCACUCUCUAUCCCGCAAGCCCGCUGCUCUCCUAGGAGACGUUCAAAAUCAUUUUCCAG